AAAGUACCCAAACUUUUACUUUCCACCGCUGGUGUGACAUUAAAAAUAAAGCAUUUAAAAAGAGUUUUGUUUCCCCAGCAUGACCAGCUGUAUACGUGGGCAGCAGUUAACCAGCCGUCUCACUCCCUGGAUUCCCUUGAAGGGAAACUACCGGGGCAACAAAAGGGCCCCUGGCUUCCAGCCAAGCCAGGCGGAGACAACAGGACUGGACUCAAAUCCACAGAGGCAGAAGAAAACCAAGAACACCAUGCAGCCAUCUUGGAUUUGACGCAGCAGCAGGAGAGCCAAGAGGAGGAACGUGUACUUCCUUCAGCAAAACUGAAGGAAAAACACGUCAUUGUCAUCCAACAGCUGGAACAAACCAUAGAAGAUCUCAGGACUAAGAUUGCUGAGCUGGAGCAACAGCCCCUUCCUCUGGACAGAGACAGUAUGAAACCCACCACUUCUACCACGGACAGGGAGUGUGGGGGAGAGGAGGGCCUGCUGACGGUUGUGUGUGACGCUCACCUGCAGACGGAGGCAGCUCCCAUUCUAGGCUGCCUGGAGGCCAAGUCGGUGCAGACCUCGCCCAUGGACGACGGCUUUAAGUUCAAAGUGCCUUGCAGUGAGCCGGGCGGAGCGAAUGGCUUCCUGCAGCCUCCGCCCAGCGAGGAUGGCUCCAGGUGUUCAUGUCAGCUGCAGCCUCCACCUCCACCUCCCCUGCCAGGAGGAGCAGUACCUCCUCAUCCUUUACACGGACAGAUAGUGGCACCUCCUCCCCCACCACCACCUCCACCUCCGCCACUACCAGGAGGCUCAAUGCCCCCUCCUCCACCUCCACCACCAUUACCUUUUGGUUCAGCAUUUCCUCCACCCCCACCCCCUCCUCCUCCACUUCCAGGUGGCCUUGCUCCACCCCCACCCCCUCCUCCUCCUCCUCUCCCUGGCGGCACAGCUCCACCUCCUCCUCCAUUACCAGGAAUAGGAGCCCCACCUCCACCACCCCCAGGCUGUGGGCCUCCUCCACCCCCUCCUCCACCAGGAGGCUUCUGUGCUCCCCCAGCUCUUCCAGGAGCCCUUGGCUCCCUGCCUCCUCCUCUGCCACUGGGGCUGUAUGCUCUGGGUCUGACCCAGGAGAAGCCACCCAGGAAGGCUGUGGUGGAAACCCCCAGACCCAUGAAGCCCCUUUACUGGACCAGGAUCCAGCUGAACAUCAAAAAGGAGGUUUCUUCUUCGUUGGUGUGGGAGACAAUAGAGGAGCCUGACAUGGACUUUAAGGAGUUUGUAGAGUUGUUCUCCAAAACAGCUGUGAAGGAGAAGAAGCAGCCGCUCUCUGACACCAUCACCAAGUCCAAGGCCAAACAGGUUGUGAAGCUCCUGAACAAUAAGCGUUCUCAGGCGGUAGGAAUUCUCAUGUCCUCCCUGCAUCUUGACAUGAAAGAUAUCCAGCAUGCUAUCCUGAACUUGGACAACACAGUAGUUGACCUGGAGACCCUGCAGGCUCUCUACGAAAAUAGGGCACAAGAGGAGGAGCUGGACAAGAUUGAAAAGCACAUCAAAGCCUCAAAAGACAAGGAGAACGCCAAAUCUCUGGACAAACCCGAGCACUUUCUCCACCAGCUCUCCCUGAUCCCAAACUUCUCCGGCAGAGUCUUCUGCAUCCUCUUCCAGUCCAGCUUCUCUGAGUGCAUGUCGUCCAUAAUGAGGAAGCUGGACACACUGCAGAGGGUAUGCAAGGCAUUGCAAGACAGUCCGACAGUGAAGCAGGUUCUCGGUCUGGUCCUGGCUUUUGGUAACUUCAUGAAUGGUGGUAAUCGAACAAGAGGCCAAGCUGAUGGCUUCACCCUUGACAUCCUGCCCAAACUCAAAGAUGUGAAGAGCAGCGAUGGCAUGAAAAGUCUUCUGUCUUACAUUGUUGCAUACUACCUCAGACACUUCGAUGAGGAUGCUGGUAGAGAGACGUGUGUGUACCCUCUCCCUGAGCCUCACGACCUAUUUCAGUCCUCACAAAUGAAGUUUGAAGACUUCCAGAAAGACCUGAAUCGACUCAGGAAGGACCUGAGAGCGUGUACAUCAGAAGUGGAAAAGGUGUGCAAGGUUUCAGACGAGGAUAACCUGCAGCCCUUUAAAGACAAGAUGGACGACUUCCUUGCGCAAGCAAAAAGUGAACUGGAGACCCUGGAUGCUCAACUCAGCAGCACUCACAAAUUGUUCCUGGAGCUCACAGUGUUCUUCUCAGUGAAGGCCAAGUCAGGAGAGAAGGAGCCUUCACCCAACACUUUAUUCUGCGUCUGGCACGAGUUCUCCUCUGACUUCAAGGACCAGUGGAAGAAGGAGAACAAAGUUAUUCUUAAGGAGAGGUUAAAAGCAGCAGAAGAGUGUUUCCGACAGGCCAAGGAGAAGGCUUCCUACAGCGUCAAACCAAAACAUGCCUCUGGCAUUAAAGCCAAGCUUGGCAUGAAGAUUUGACUCAGUGGGCGCGGAAUGCUUGUUUUUCCCAGACUUUGGGCACCAGCCGUGAGUCACCCAUAAAAAAAGUAUGAAGAGGACAGAAAAGAAAAAUGAAGGGAUGUAUGUGCAGCUGAGCCUACAGUCUGGACAUCUUGUUUCAUUGAGUUAUUUCGUGCUCUGGCAGCUUGAUCCAUUUUGCUGCUCUGCUCUCCAGCUGUCUGAUAACUGAAUCCAACGCAAUCGUGGAUGGUUGUUCCCUGGAAGGCGACUAGACACCAGGAAUCAGGUCUGGACACCUAUAGUAGACUGGAGUAAUAACAGACUUCAAACAAAAUUUAUAAUAUAACAAAUGUCUCACUAAUUAAGAUUUUUCAGCAGAAUGGUAAUGGCAAGUUCAACAAAAACCAUGCCAUUAAUAGCAUCAAAAACAAGGGCCUAUAUGAUUCAAAUCUUAAGGAUAAUAAUGUAAAAACAUCAAGCAUUCAGAUCCACCAGAUGUUAAUACAUGUUUGUAGUAAGUUUCUGUGGACAACAGCACAAGGGACAGGAGGACGUAAGGCUGAACGGCAAACCUCAGCAGGAACAGUCUUCAUCCGCAGUAACACUGAUGGAAGCACAAAUAUGCACUCGGUAUGUGUCACUUCAUCACUUGUGUGUUUAAUUGAGGAAAGACACGUUUGAUUUAGUUCUCUACACCAGUGGUCCCCAACCACCGGGCCGUGGGUCAUUUGGUACCGGGCCGAACAGAAAGAAUAAAUAUUAUAUUAUUUCC